AUGACGGAGAGCUCAAUGAUUUGUGAUGGUGAUUCUUGCAUUUCUCUCUCAAAUAAGAUUGAGACGUCUCGAAUGUACAAACUUUCUACAGAUAUGGUGAAGGCAGUCAGACAUGAAGCACCAGCCCACUAUACAAUGAAAGUUGAUUCAUUCUCAGUUCUUUCAGAACUGCUGGCUAAAUCUGGCAUUAACAAACAUGAAUCUCGUGUUUUUGAAGCCAGUGGAUACAAAUGGAGAUUGAUUCUCUACCCAAAUGGAGACCCGAAAAGGAAUGACAAUGGUCAUCUUUCUCUCUAUUUGGCAAUUUCAGACACGAAUGAUCAUCUCCCUCUUGGGUGGGAAAUCAAUGCCUUGUUCAAGUUUUUUGUGUUUGACCAGCUUCAGGACAAGUACUUGACCAUUGAAGAUGGGAUUGUAAGGCGAUAUCAUGCUUUCAAGACCGAAUGGGGAUGUAACCAGUUACUCCCUCAUAGCAUUUUCAAUGAUGCUUCAAAUGGGUUCUUGCUUGAAGAUUCUUGUGUAUUUGGAGUUGAAGUUUUUGUUAUCAGAAGUGAACAUAAAGGGGAGCACUUAUCGAUGAUUAAGGAUCCGAUUGGUGGUUCUUUUAGUUGGAAGGUUGAGAGGCUCUCAGAUUUAGCUGAUGAUCAAUGUCAUUGUUGCUCUGAUGUUUUCUCUGUCGGAAGGCAAGAAUGGAAAUUAUCACUCAACCAGCCUGCUGGAUAUUCGACACAAAAGGGCAAAUCUUUAUCAUUGUUUCUUCAUCUUAUUGAUUCCUCUAAAUUGCCUGCUGGAUGGAAAAUGUUUGUGGAGUACACAAUGCACGUAAAGGAUCAAUUCGGAAGCUAUCACCAUGACAUGAAAUAUAAUAAAAUGUUCAGCGACUCAUCGACAGAUUCGGUUCACGAUAACUUCAUGUCAUUUACUCCUGCUACCAACCUGGCAUCAGAUGAUACAAAUGUUCUGCCUCCUGGUUGGAAAACCAAUGCCAUCUUCGAAGUGUUUUUGUAUGCCCAUCUUCAGGACAAGGCUUGGGGUCACUCUAGCAUCAUGUCGUUAGCUGUUGUCAAGGCAGAACCUAACUUCUAUAUCGUCGAUGAUAGAUUAACAAUCGAAGCAGCAACAACAGGUUUAUCUGUAGUGAGGAGCUUUGCUUAG